CUCCAACGAUGAUUGAGUCCAUAAAGCACCAAUUUGGGCGGAUUUAUUCCGGGUCAAUUUUUGGCAGAUUCCAAAGGGGUACCAUCACAAAUUUUAGGCGAUUAAUCCGAAAUGCCAUUUUCUUUCGAUUCUGGAGGCUACAAAUCGCGGAAUCAGGCCGAAGCUAUUAUCCAACGAUAAUGAAUUUUAUUGAUCCUAUUCUCCACGGAUGAUAAGUCCGUUAAGCAUCGAUUUGGGCCAAUUUAUUUUUUGGAUGGCAUUUUCGUAAUAUCUUGUGCGACGAAAGUCCAUUUUCUUUCAAUAUUGAAGGCUACAGAUCACGGAUUCGGCCUGAGGCUAUUCUCCAACGAUGAUUGAGUCCAUUAAGCACCGAUUUGGGUGGAUUUAUUCUGGGUCAAUUGUUGGCAGAUUCCAAAGGGGUACCAUCACAGAUUUCGGGCAUUUUAUCCAAAAUGCCAUUUUCUUUCGAUUCUGGAGGCUACAGAUCACGGAAUAAGUCCGAGGCUAUUAUCCACCAAUAAUGAAGUCUAUUGAUCCUAUUCUUCACGGAUGAUAAGUCCUUUAAGCAUCGAUUUGGGCCAAUUUAUUUUCUGAUGGCAUUUUCGUAAUUUCUCUAGCGACGAAAGUCCAUUUUCUUUGAAUAUUGAAGGCUACAGAUCACGGAUUCGUCCUGAGGCUAUUCUCCAACGAUGAUUGAGUCCAUUAAGCACCGAUUUGGGUGUAUUUAUUCCGGGUCAAUUUUUGGCAGAUUCCAAAGGGAUACCAUCACAGAUUUCGGGCGAUUUAUCCGAAAUGCCAUUUUCUUUCGAUUCUGGAGGCUACAGAUCAUGGAAUCAGGCCGAGGCUAUUAUCCACCGAUAAUGAAGUCUAUUGAUCCUAUUCUCCACGAAUGAUAAGUCCUUUAAGCAUCGAUUUGGGCCAAUUUAUUUUCGGAUGGCAUUUUCGUAAUUUCUUGGGCGACGAAAGUCCAUUUUCUUUGAAUAUUGAAGGCUACAGAUCACGGAUUUCACCUGAGGCUAUUCUCCAAUGAUGAUUGAGUCCAUUAAGCACCGAUUUGGGCGGAUUUAUUCCGGGUCAAUUUUUGGCAGAUUCCAAAGGGGUACCAUCACAGAUUUCGGGCGAUUUAUCCGAAAUGUCAUUUUCUUUCGAUUCGGGAGGCUACAGAUCACGGAAUCAUGCUGAGGCUAUUAUCCACCGAUAAUUAAUGGACAACAACACAACAUGAGUAAAAUCGAAUUAGAAAUUGAAUCCAAUCCAGCCAUAUCAUGUGCUAAGAGUGUGGGCUAUGGAGAGAUGAUUUUGGGUCGGCCGGGUAUGCAGUGUCAACUAUGGACCAGGCGCGUUUCCUUCAUUGGGCUGAGGAAGGGUUAAACGAUCAAUGUAGGCCGGCCAAUCGGUUGGCUUAGAUGUUCUGGGCCGCACGCGCGCUACACUGAUGUAUUCAACGAGUCUAUAGCCUUGGCCGACGGUCCGGGUAAUCUUUGAAAUUUCAUCGUGGGGAUAGAUCAUUGCAAUUGUUGUUCUUCGACGAGGAAUUCCUAGUAAGCGCGAGUCAUCGGCUCGUGUUGACUACGUCCCUGCCUUUUGUACACACCAUUUAUUGCUCCUACCGAAUGAAUGGUCCAGUGAACGAAAAGGUUACAGCUCGUAGCCGGCCAUUGUCUCAUUCUAAUACGCUUUCUCGAACCAAUGUAACUCAUACUAAUUUGAAGUGUUCAUGGGUUCGGAUAUCAUGCGCGGUGAGUUGUUUAGAUUCGAAUGUAAGACCUCCCAGUUAUUAAAGACUCUGAUACCAUGUUAUUGAACGUUUGAUUCUGAUAACGUAAUUGAUUGAGAGAGGUUGAAUUUCGAGUUUUAUACUAUUUAUUUAUGAACUUUGUUCUUAGGCACGAUUAAUGGUGGUAAGAGAGAACUCUUCCUUCCCUUCCCCACGUGGGAUUUCCAUCGUGAGCGCGUUGCGUUGGUGGCCUUGAUUGCACACGAGGCGGCGGCCAGCCUGCAGUGGAGCGACGUCGAUCGCAUUUGCCGCCGGAAAAACAGAUCCUUCCCACGUUUGCAUCGGCGGAAACGCGACCUUGCCUUUUGGGUCAAGCAAUUAAGUACGUUGAAGCUAGGUUAGAAUAAACAAAAACUACCUUGACUUAGCUGUGUAUUACCACUCUAAACCUAUAAUGAUUAAACCAAAACCACUUUCCCUAAUUAACUAUACACUAGCUAGCUAGCUACGUAGCAUGAUUAGUUUCUGACACCUCCUGUCUUAAUUAAAUUUUGUCGCCGUAUUACCUCCUCUAUUUCCUUCAAAUCCAACGUCCAAUCAUUGCAUAAUGAAGCAGCAAGGAGAGAGCCAGGUUUCGAAACUUAAUAAUUGAUUGCCAAACAUGGUGUAUUGUUAUUUAUUAUACAGCAAUUUAGCACUAUUAAUCGUCAACUCACAACUUCAUAAGUAAUUACAAUCAAUUAUUUGCUCGCCGAUCCACAAGAACACGAAGAAGAAAUUACACUUAUUAGGGUUUCGAAUUUCGAUUCAUAAUAUACAAAUACGAGAGGGGAAACUAUAAUAAUGGAAAAAUAGACUUAUAGUUGGCUAUAUAUUAUUUGGUACCAAUAGCUCUUUCCUCUUCAAUGUAAUAAGGGGUGCUAACUUUUGUUGAAUAUCAAUCCAUUGCAUGAUAACACUUUUCCCCCUAUUCUUAAUAUAAUUCAAAGAGAAAUGCUAGCUUUUGUUUGACUUUGGGAAUUUGUUGUUUAGGAGUCGUUUGGAAGUUGUGAUUGUUAGAGUUGUGUUUGUUGAAUACAUGUAUUGUGCACUAUACAAUGUUUGGAAGUGCUAAAAUAUAAAACAAUGCAUGCAUUGUUUUAGAUAGGUCACACCAACAAUUACAAAAAAUGAUGCAUUAUACAAUCUCAACUGAAAGUUGUGAUUGUUGAUUUUAGAUUUGUGUCAAUUUUUAGGUAGUGCCAAAAUAUUAAAUACGGAGAAAAAAUGGAUUGAAUAUAAUUGACAUUUAGACCAAACCCAAUCGGAUCAAAUUAGAACGAAUACAAUAAUUAUCCAAUAUUUAAUUCUGAGAUAUCUUUCUUUCACUAUUGGACCACAAGUUUGAUCAUUCCGAACCGAACCAAACCGUUGCACAACCCAAAUUAAUCACCUCCUCAACAAAUACCCUGACAAUAAUAUAAAUAGACACACACAGAAAACCAUAAUAUGACUUGCCCAACAAUCUCGUCGUCGACACUGAUCCCUCCCUUUCUUUCCCCUCAACCCAAAACCUUUCCAUUUCCUCCAUUCCCACACAAUGCCUCGACUCAACUACCUCACCAUCAUCAUCAUCACACUAGCAGCCGCCGCCGCCGCCAUCUCAGCGGCCGACGACGACGGGGAGGAGUACUACAUCCUCGACAACCCGACGACCAUGUUCCGGUCGCGGAGCCUGUUCCUCAACGAGCGGAUCCGCAAAGGGAUGCGCUGCUCGCCCGGCGGCGGCAACAUAUGCGACGGCGUCCCGGCCAACAACGGGACGGCGCUCCUCCGGUGCUGCAAGAACCACUGCCGCAACGUGGUCCAGGACGAGAACAACUGCGGCGCGUGCGGCGACAAGUGCGGGUUCGGCCUCCACUGCUGCGACGGCGCGUGUGUCAGCUUCGCGUCCAGUGCGGAUCACUGCGGGGAGUGCAACCGGCGGUGCUCCAGUGGGUUGAAGUGCGAGUAUGGCUCUUGUGGGUACGCUUGAAAUUUUUCUUCCUGAAGAGUUUUUUGGUGGGAAAGUGGUGGGUCUUGAUGAAAUCUCUGGUUUCAUUAGGGGAUUGAAAGAGAUUGAUCGAGGGAAAGAAAGAAGAAGAAAGAAAAAAAAAAUUGUAUUUGCUCUUUACCCGAUACAUAUCGGAUUCGGAGGGGUGUUUACGAAAUUCUGUGAUCCACUGUAAAAUUUUACGCGUUUGAUUUAUAAUUUUACGUGACAUUUAUCAGAUUUCACAGUUAUCGUACCUCCUGAAUUCGAAGUAUAGUGUACCAACGCGCGCGUGGUAUACCAUCUUUUAAGUCCAGUUAUAUUUCAUUAAGUGGGUUUUCCUUUUUGUACUAAGCCAAGAGAGUUUUGGGUUUGCAUUGAUUUUUUGGGGUGCUAACUAGAGAUAAAAGUUGUCCAUGACCAUCAUGGCAUAUGUAAAAGGGAAUGAGGAGGCAACAAACCCCCGAAUUUUCGCAUAUUUUGCUCAACUGAAAUGGCACGAAUCACUAAAUCUGCCCUCAGGAA